AUGAUUUUACUGUUCAUUUUAUUUUCUGCUGUCCUAGCUAAAUACUCUGAUAACGAUAUCAAUGCACUAGAAGAUUUCAUCUGAUCUCAAAAUAAAUCAGAAUCUCUUCAAAGCUUUGCUCCAAAUUCAGAAGUCAAGCUUUAUUUAGAAGGAAAUUUGCUUCUUCAGGAGAACAAGGGUAGUUCCAACAGAUUCAAAAAUAUUUUAGAUAAAUUAAAAAACGAUUCCAUAGAGUUAUAUUGGAGGCUUUACUAUAGAUCUAUGGUAAAUAAAUUGGAAAUUGGCGAUGCAAAGACGAAGAAAAAGAUGAUGGAAAAUUUUAAGGAAAAUUUGUAUCCAAAUAUUGAUUUAAAUGAGCAGCCUUAUCAAAGCUCGAAAGCAUUAGAAACAAUUAAUGGAAGAUCUGUUGUAAGUGAUAGUGAUUUAUUUGUUGACAUGAGUAAUAUUGAUACAAAUUUAGAUAGCUAUAGAAUCGUUCGAAAUGCUGGAAAGUGGAAUUUAAAUGUAGAGAAAAUGAGCUUUGAAGUGUUUCAGGAGUUUUUAUAUGACCCGGAAGCUUUUGAAUUUGAUGGAGUUGAGAAAAAAAUAGGAGAGUAUUUCUCGUCUGGGUUGAUAAGCCAAACUUGGAUAUUUCCUCAAAUGACAGUAGACCAGUUAGAAUAUUUAUUCAAAAAUUAUCCGGUCAUCGCAAAUAAUUUUGAUUUUCUUAUAUUUUAUUUCCCAAAAAAAUAUAAAUUUGGAGAUAUAGGAGAUGAAAACUUACUUUAUAAAGCUUUUGCUGAAGCUUGAACUGAAAUAAAAGAUCUCCCAGAAAAUUAUUAUAUAAAAAGCAUUAUGCUCUAUAAUUUAUUGUGCGCUGGAAUCUCUAUAAAAGAAUACGAUGAAGCAAUGCUGUUAGAGUAUAUGAAUUAUCAUCGUUAUUCAGAUAUAUAUAAAGAUAAUAAUAAAGGAUACUCAAGGUGGGUGAGCCCUAAUGAAAAUUUAUCCUUCUAUAAUAUCUCAGAAAAUGAAUUAUUGCAAGCAUAUUUUAAUCAAUUAUUCAAAGAUAGAGACUCAACUUUUCCCUAUGAAAAGUUUAUAACAAAAGAUUCUCUUAAUGAGUUUUUCGCCCUUGCUAAAAUUUUUAAUGGAAACGAUCCUUUAAAUUAUGAAAAAAAUAUCAGUAAACAAACAAUGAAAAAUUUACUAGAAUCAUCAGAACUUGAACUCUGUAAAGUCAAUCCUAAGAAAUUUAACGCAAAUGAUGAAGUGAAGUUAUGCUUAUCCAUGAGAAAUAUCCAAAAUCUCAUUGUGAGCAUAUAUGAAAUUAAUACUAAAGCUUACUAUGCCAAGAAGGAAGCUGAAUUGACAGCUGAUAUUGAGAUAGAAGGAUUUAUAGCGAGUGAAGAAUAUAGCUAUACAUAUAAGGCUUUUCCAUUUCUUAAAAGAGAAGAAGAAUUUUCAUUUCCAACACUUACAGCAAAAAGAGGAACUUUUAUUAUUGAUUUUAUUGGAAAUGGGAGACAAAGUCGAGCUAUGAUAACAAAAGGAAAUUUAAAAUAUAUUAUCAAGCCAUCUGAACCCGGCCAGCAACUCUUUAUUUUUGAUGAAGACAACAAGGUUUGUACAAAGCAAACUUGUGGAAUUAUUUUAGAUGGAAAAUUUUACCAGGUAAGUAGCAAUGGGGUUUGCCAAAUUCCUUUUGCUGAAGAAGAUUCAAAUAAAAAUCUUAUUAUAACAGAUGGAGAAAUUUCACUACUUGUAAAGGAUUUCCAGCAUCUGUCAAGACAUUAUGAGCUUAAAUCAGUAUUUUUAUUAUAUGAAGAACAAUUCUUGUACAGUCAGAAUGCAACAAUCCAGAUUAAACCAUCCUUAUACAUGAAUAGCUUUGAACUGCCUUUAUCUUUACUAGCAGAAUUUGAAAUUACUUUGCAAAUCACUAGCAUUGACCAAAAGAUAAAUUCAAAAAUAUUUAAAGCUUCGCCUUCAAAUGGUCUUAUAUCAAUUAAUUUUCAAGUUCCCUAUAAAGUAACUCGCAUAAACAUUUCAGCAAAAAGCUCAAUAGGAUCUGAUUCAAAUGUUCAACUAGAAAAUAAUUAUUCUAUCAGCUUAAAUUCAUAUCAAUAUCUUUUAUCAAGACCUUAUUUAAGGAAAACAAAGGGUCAAGGCUUUGCUAUGGAGCUGAGAGGAAGAAAUGGGGAGCUAUAUAAGGGCCAAAAAGUGACUAUUGAUUUUCACAUUUUUGAAACGAGCAACUCUGCUACUUAUUUUUCAGACAAUGAUGGGAAGAUUUAUCUUGGAGAAUUAGAUGGAGUUCAUUUGAUUUCAGUUAACUACAAUGAUGGCUAUUUUGAAUGGUCAUUAGAAGAUUUUAAAGAAAAAAUUGCUUAUCCUGAAAAAAUAAAUAUUAAGGAAGGAGAAAAUAUUGAGUUAGACUUCUACCAAGCCCCUUUAAUUACUAUCAGAUCAUAUAAGAAAAACACUUUAUUCAAAAUGUAUAGGAAUCAACUUGAAAAAGAUUUUACUGAUUACAUAAAGUAUGGAAAUGGAAAAUUAAAAAUUCUAGGGCUUUCAAAAGGAAUAUAUGUGCUGAAGCUAAGAACGAUGAAUGCGGCAAUCAGAAUUGAAGUUUCAGAAGGUUUUGCCUUAAAAGAAUUUAACUAUUUAAUGUUAGACUCUAAAUCAUUGCCCCACAAGAGUCAAGAGUCAAGCAUUUCAAUAGAAAAUAUUAAAAGAGAAAAUGGCAAGCUAAUUAUAGAUUUUUCAGAUAAUUCAGAAAACGGAUCAGCCUAUAUACUGCUUUGCAAUUACUUAUCAGGCACAGUAAUGAGCAUUUUUAAUGCCUUAAACUCAAAUUCCCAAAAACAAUCUGAAUUUAUUUAUGAGGAAAAUAAAAUUUCUUACCUGAAAAGCAGAAGAAUUAAUGAAGAAUUUAGAUAUGCUAUCGAUAGGAAAAAACAACCAAAGUACCAAAGUAUUAAUUUGCCAAAACCGCAAUUAGCAUUGAAGCGGCAAAAAAUAAAAGAUACAGAUACUGAAGUUCAAGAAGUUGAUAUAGGAGAAGGAUUUAUUAUGCGUAUGGUUGAGGAAGACAACCCAGAAAUCUUACUUCUUGGCGAUGAUAGAUUAGAUCAGGCCUAUUUGUUAUCUGGCAGUGGCGGCUUAGAACUUUAUAGUUCAGCAUAUUUUUUAGAUUUUUUAGAGGCACCUUCAAUAUGAAGCCAUUUAACUAUUCCAGUUAAUCAUCAAUUGAGUAUUGGUUUAGAAGAAGGCUAUUCUCAAGUCAUUAUCUUUGCAUAUAAAAACGGGAUUUCUACUAUGAAAAUAUAUCCCAUAGAUUUAGAAAUGGUAAAAAUUAAACCAAUUAUUUUAGAUCCAGAAAUUAAUGACAAUGAUUUGCGCUCUGAGCAGAUAAAAAAUUCUUCUGUAUCUUCUGGAGAAACCCUUAUUUUACAGUCUCAAGAUAUUACGUCGAUAGAGAUUUUGGAUUCAAUUGAAAGCUUGCAAAAUAUGCAAAUCAAAUUAUUAGAUGAUAGUAAUGAAUAUGAGUUAAGCUAAGUUAAAAUUAUAUGGUCAUAAGCGGAUAGAUCACUAGCCUGCUUAUCUGGCGUAAACCUACCUAAUCAAAGGAUUAGCUCUCCAAGUUAGAGUUGCCUCUUGCUGAUGCCCAUUAGUCCUGAUAAGUAAAGACUAAGUAGGAGGGAAUCUGUUCAGCCCAUCUAGCAGGGAUAGGGAAAACCUUCGGGAGAAGAAAAACUUCCUUCUUCAGUAGGCAUCCCCAAGCCCGAAGGCUGACUUCAAAGAGCAAUAGAGACACUGUUUCAGCUUAAUCGGACGGAUCUUAUCUGUUCCAUAAGGAAUAUUUCUCGGAGUUCAUCCUAUUUAUUUCUAGAAUGAAUAUAAGGAAUGGUUAUUUUUAAGCACUUGGUCAAAAAUUAGCAAUGAUAAAAAGAAUUAUUAUUUCGAUCGAUAUUUCAGCCAUGAGCUGAAUUUGUUUUUAUAUUUCAAGGAUCAGGCAUAUUUUAACGCAGUAGUUAAGCCUUUCAUUUCAAAUAAAAUGGAAAAAGAUAUAAUUGAUAAAUAUUUACUCGGCGAAUCUCUAAACUCCCCUCCGUGAGUGAACAAAACCAUUGGAAAAGACCCUAUUUUUUGGGUAAAAACCCACUUACUCGUGAUCAAACAAAAAUUUUUUAUGAAAAUAUUUUGGUAUAUAAGCGAUAUUAUUAUAAUGAAACAUCUAGUUAAUUCUGUUUAAUUUAAACGGCUUGCAUUUUAAAGCAUAAAUUUUACGAAUUAAAUAAAUAUUUGCUUUAAAGUUAUUUCGAAAUGGGAUAUAAUUUUGAAAAAAAUAAUUAUAAAAAACUAGCCAUCCUUGAUUGAAUAAAGCUUUUUUGUUCGCUCACGGAUGGAGAGAGUAAGCGAAUAUAUUAAAAGUUACUGAAAAUUAAAUUGCUUACUAUCACUCAUUGAGCGAACAAACCAUUGAAAACAUCCCUAUUUUUGGCCUUGAAUCCACCUCAGUGAGUGAGCAAAAAAUUAUGUAAUAUAAAAGAUUUUGUGAAAAUUAUUUCGAUAUAUAAGUGAUAAACAUUAUAAUGAUUUAUUUGAAUCCUUAAUUUUUUGCAUUUUAAAAUAUAAAUUUUAUAAAAUAAAUUAAAAUUUAUUUUUUAUUUUGCGAAAUGGAUUUUUUUAAAAAAAAAAUUAUCAUAAAAUUUGCAUAUAAACUUUUUUACCAAUAUUAACCCCCUCUUUAAACGAACUAAACUUUUUUGUUUCGCUCACUGAGAGGGAGUUAGAAAAAAUUUUAUUGAUUGAUUGGGGGAUAAAGCAAGGAGACAAGACUAUUAUCAAAGAAGCUAAAGAUAUAGCUCAAGAUUUGAUAAACAAGGUUGAACCUAUGAGUAUCGACGAGGAAAAAGAUUACGAAUUGCUAUUAAAAAUCUUCCAACUGCCCCAAGAAGAACAAAAUAUGAUUGAUUUUCAAAAUAUAGUAGAUGCUGUGAAUUUAAAAUUUUUAAAUUAUAAAACGAGAGGAGGACUUGCUGAUUUUACAAUGAAUGAUGAUUUUACAUCAGGAAGCCUUAGAAUCUCAAAUAUAUAUAAACCAAUCAAGAAAAACACGAUAGAAAGAACGAAAGAAUACAAAGAAACUUAUUAUUUUUCAGAAAAAGAAUCAAAGGAAUCUCUUCAGCCAAAUCGUUUUUGGAAAGAAUUAGCCCAAUCUAUUCUUCUUCAAAAGAAAAUUCUUACCCCAAAUGCUAUUUUUUCACUAUCAGGCCUUACAGAAUUAAUAUCAGUUUUAGCAUUUAUGGAUCUUCCAAUUUUAUCAUCUCCUCUUAUUUCCCCCCCUCCGUGAGUGAACAAAACCAUUAGAGCAAUCGCUAUUUUUUGCCCAAAAACCCACCCUCCGUGAGUGAACAAAACCAUUAGAAAAAUCGCUAUUUUUUGCCCAAAAACUCACCCUCCGUGAGUGAACAAAAACUUUUUUAUGGAAAAAUUUUUGAUAUAUAAGUGAUAAUUAGUAUAAUGAAAUCUAGAGCUGAUUCUGUUUAAUUUUAAACGAAUUGCUUUUUUAAAACAUAAAUUUUAUAAAUUUAAAUUCAAAUUUUUAUAAAAGUGAGAUUUUUUUAAAUUUCGAAAAAAAAAAAAUUAACCCCCUCCGUAAGUGAACAAAAUUUUUUUGUUAACUCACAGAGAGGGGGGGGAGUUAGCUAUUUUUCUAAUGGUUCUACAAUUUCGAUAGCAUCAGACCAUAACUUUUUAGCCUUUUAUAAAGACCUUUCCAAAACUCCGAUCAACCUUGACCCAGAAAUUUUAGUUUCACAAAAAUUUAUAAACCCUAAAAAUCCUAAUUCUCAAGUUAAGCAAUUCCUUACAAAAACCCGUUAUGAAAGUAAAAUAAUAGUUACAAAUGCAUCUGAUAUGAACAAAUUCGUAUAUGUUUUACUGCAAGUACCUGGUGGAAGUAUUCCUAUAUCAGACUCAUUUUACAUUAAAACUGAAUGCAAAACAAUUGGGUCUUAUCAAACAGAAAUUUUUUCAUAUCAGUUUUAUUUCCCUGAAGAAGGAAAUUUUACAAUACACCCAGUUGUUGUUACAAGAAAUCAAAAAUUGAUUGGAAAUACAGAAGUGAAGAAGGCAGAAGUAUUGGGAAGCAUCAAAAAUAUAUCAGCAGAUAAUAUUGAAGACUUUGCGAUAAAUGGGAAUGAGGAUGAUAUAAUGAAAUACCUUCGAGAAAAUAAUUUAUAUUCUUCAGUAGAGUUGGGUUAGGUAAUUUAAAGUAAGGUGUUAGCUAUAUAGGUGACACAGUUACCAAAGACCUCUCAUACGGAAGGUUCAUUCGCUUUUCGACUCCAACCCAGAGGGUCUAUCCCCUGAUAAUGGGUGCCAUUUCCGUACCUUAUGUCUCCUCUUUCCGUUUCAGUCUUGAGUGAGCGGGUAUAGAUUUCUGCGGCCCUGUGACGGGCGAAUUGGAGUAACUUGAUUCCAUUGAUCAGCUCCUUUGAAUGUAUCGGGUGUUGAAGUGCAUUCUUUCAACGACUAACAAAAAGACUGAUCCCCUGUGGCCUAGGCUGAAACCCUCAGUUUCUAGGUAAAUGAAUGCCCGUCCUUGGACCCAAAGGACACUGCCGGGCACCUCAAUUUCUAACGACAGGAAGGCAGCCAAAGCCUACCCGGAUACACAUUCCAUAAGGCUGCACCUAUUUCCUAACCCGGAGCCCAUCCUAAUUCGCCGUAGCUAUAAGUUCUGGACUGCUGCACCAAGAGGGUAGCUUGGCACAUGCCACCAUUUAAUGUAUAUUCUUCAGAGAGAUUAGCAAGAAAUAUUUAUCAUAGGAUGAAAAAUUGCAGCUUUUAUACAAAAGCAAUUGCGAUAUUUAAAGAAAAGAAAUAUUUUGAUGAGCAUUUAUACUUGUAUUCGAUGCUUCAUGAAGAUUAUCCAACAUUUUAUGAGCUUUUAAGAAGAAAUGAAGAUUUUGUUCAGAAAAUCGGAUAUAAUUUUGAAUCCUCUAUAAUAAAAACUGGCAAAGAGGAUUUUACUCAUUAUGAGUAUUUUCCAUUGAUAAAUGCAAGAGCACAUAAUUUAGGAGCCAGAAAAGCUAUCACGAAUCUCCAAUUUAAAGAAACUUAUUACAACUUCUUGAUGUUCAUUGCUGAAAAAAAUAAACUGGACAUCAUUGAUUAUAUUUGUUUAUGCCAAUAUUAUAUUCUUCAAGAUAGAUAUACAGAAGCAUUGAAUUUCUAUGAUAAACUAAAAGAAUUAGGUAUGAAAGUAUCAGAAAUAUCGCCAAGCCAUGGACUAUUGCAAAUUCAAUUUGAUUAUUUGUCAGCUUUUCUUUACUCAUCUAUUGCACACAUAAAAAUGGUUUGCCAAAAAAACCGUUUCUUAGCAUCUGUAGUAGCCAGACAAGAGUCUAAGAACCUUGUGGUUGGAGUUGCUGCCUGGGCUAAAAUUUUCAGUCUGACUGAUAGCCUAACCAGAAAUUUAUUAUAGGGUUUUUGGAAAGGGCAACCCCGUUAAUGUACAUACGGUGGCCCAGUGUCUUUAUCAACGUAUUGUGAGUGCAAGCCCUUGCCCGGAGGGAGCAAGCAUGCCUUUAAGCCGUGCAAUCAGACUGACAAGCAAGCGAGGGAUGUAAAAAGCCAGUAUGGCUGACUGGGAGCUACUUGAUAAUAAUUUAAGUUAAGCUAAGGUUUAUCUAUUGCUAAAGAACUAAGCUCACUAUAUGCUAAUUAUCCUGUAGAAACUUGGAGAAAUAACUUUAUGGAAAUUUAUCAAUCCUUAUCAGAUUCGUAAUAAAUAUGGUGGUGGCGAUAAAAUAAGUAUUUGCCGGCGACGCACCACUUUGGGUGUGUCAAAAUGGCUUUAUAGCCUAAACUAAGGUCCAGCCAUUUUAUUCUAAGCCUAAGAUUACUAUAUGGCAGCCGUAUGGGGUGGGUAACCUUGGGAAUCAGUUGAUAACCAUUCCAGCCUUCCUAAGGUGACUGUAGGAGACAUCGAACUAAACUUUGCCUCCAUAGCACCGCAAGACGUAGAAUACCAAGGGUCUUCUAGCCCGUUUAAAACUCAGGAGUAUAGCUGUAGCCUUAAUCCUGGGAGAAUGCUGUUGAUAAGGCUAGGGAACUGAGGCUACCCCUACCAAGCAAGGGCCUGGUGGUCGCAAAUGUGCAGGCAUCAAAUCUGGAAGACUUUAAAACUCUUAAUUUAAUUUAUCAGAUUCCAAAAUUGAAGAUGAGAGUCAAGAAGAAAUCUCAAGGGAGCCCGCUUUAAGCUUUACAAUUGAGAACAAUAAUCUUAGCUUGACCUACCAAAAUGUGAAAAAGUGUGAAGUGAAAAUUUAUUAUAUUGACCUUGAAAUCUUAUUUUCAAAAAAUCCAUUUUUCAUUCAGGAUCCAUCAAAUUUUGUAUUUUUAGCUCCAAAUUUACAAUUCUCAUAUGACUUACCUGAAGUUUCCACAACGAUUCAGCUGCCAAAUGAUGUCAAAAGAAAAAGUUUUGUAGUGGAAAUUGACUAUGGAGAAUACUCGUCUAUAAAAACUGCUUUUAAUGCAGCUUUAAAGACAAUGAUAAUUGAAAGAUAUGGUCAUAUUAAGGUAAUGAGUGAAGAUAAUAAUCCAAGAUCAACUACUUAUGUCAAAGUUUUUGCAAAAUUAGCAAGCGGAGAAAUAGAAUUUUAUAAGGAUGGGUAUACAGAUAAGAGAGGGGCUUUUGACUUUAUCUCAAUGAAUUAUGAUAAGUUGUCAAGUGUCGAUAAGUUCGCGAUCUUAGUAGUUGAUGAAGAAUUGGGAUCUUUAAUAGUAGAAGCAAGCCCACCAAAGACUUUUACUAACUAGCCGAAUUUUUUUUCUGCUCAUUAAAUAGCUCAAUUUUUAUAUGUAAAAAUUUAAAUACCCAAAUUUGCAAAUAUAUGAGAAGAAAAUUCUAUUUUAAUUUAUAAAAUUUAUAUUUAUGAAUAAAAACUAUCUAAAUUUAAUAGAAGUAGCUAGAUAUCUAACUAUAGUAACUUCUAAUAGAAACAUUUUAAUAUAAAAAUUUUUAAUCGUUUUUAAGGGGAGGAUUUCUCCAAAACAAUCAUUUUUUCGAUGGUUGUGCUCGUUCUUAAAGCUUAAGGGGCGGUAAGGAUUUAUAA